AUGAGCUGCCAGGCCUUCAGCACCAGUGACUCCUUCAGCGGUUUAGGCGGAGACACCGGUGCUGCCCUCCCGCUGCUGAUGCACCAUAGCGCGGCCGCAGACUGCCACCAUCAGAACACCAACAUCUGCUCCACAGUCCCCUCAGGUCUCCCAUUGGUCCAGUCAUCCAAGCGCUCCCAUAUGCACCUGUCCACUUCUGCUUUGGGCAAUGCAUCAGCCAGCCUCCACUACCCGAUGCCCCCAUGUCACUAUAGCAACCAGCAGACCACCUACGGCAUGAUGGCAGCACAGGAAAUGCUCUCUGCCAGCAUCUCCCAGACCCGCAUCCUGCAGACCUGUAGUGUACCUCAUGCCAACAUGGUCAACGGCGCCAACUCACUGCAAGGUAGACCCCCUACCUACUACUCUCUUAAAGGCCAUACUCCCUUCCCUGUCCCUCUCAUCACUGACAUAAUUCACUCCUCUCUAACUGGUAUUGUUCCUUCCUCUCUCAAAGUUGCUGCUGUUACUCCAAUUUAA